UCAGAAAGCAAAGGCAGCUGCUGGGAAGAAGCGGCACCAGAAGGGGCGGCGCUGGUCGGGCUGAGGCCGGCGCCGCUCCUCCUCCUCCUCCCUUUCGGAGCAGGCGGCAGGUCCCCGCGCCUUGCGGGCACCAGUGUCGCCGCCGCCGCUCGCGGGUCGCGAGUCCUGUGAAGAGGAGCCGCCCGCCCGCCCGCCCGCCGGCGCCAUGGCCGGCCGCAGCGUCGCCAACGCCACCAGCAGCAACAGCAGCCCCUGCAUUGUGAUUGGAGAUGAUGAACAGGGAUAUGACCUCGAUUUGUUCUGUAUACCAAAGCAUUACGCAGAUGACUUGGAAAAAGUCUACAUUCCUCAUGGACUUAUUAUGGACAGGACAGAGAGGUUGGCACGAGAGAUUAUGAAGGGCAUGGGAGGGCAUCACAUUGUAGCGCUCUGUGUGCUUAAGGGGGGCUACAAGUUCUUUGCUGAUUUGCUGGACUACAUCAAAGCUCUGAACCGAAACAGUGACAAGUCCAUUCCUAUGACUGUAGACUUCAUCAGGUUGAAAAGCUAUUGUAAUGACCAGUCAACUGGUGAUAUAAAGGUCAUUGGUGGUGAUGACCUCUCGACCCUAACUGGAAAGAAUGUCUUGAUUGUAGAAGAUAUAAUUGAUACCGGUAAGACAAUGAAGACCCUCCUGUCUCUGCUGAAGCAGUACAAUCCAAAGAUGGUAAAGGUAGCCAGCUUGUUGGUCAAAAGAACACCUCGAAGUGUAGGAUACCGGCCUGACUUUGUUGGAUUUGAAGUGCCAGACAAGUUUGUUGUGGGAUAUGCUCUAGAUUACAACGAAUACUUCAGAGAUUUGAAUCAUAUUUGUGUGAUAAGUGAGACUGGGAAACAGAAGUACAAGGCAUGACAGUACUCGAUCAAAUGCAGGAGCUGCAGGACUUUGAAGCAUACAUCCACAGCGUCCAUCUUUCACUGCCUUAGGCUCUGGUCACCAGCUUAAAAUUGUGGAGUGCUCCGGCCUUGUCAUUUGCUUGCUAUAACUUAUUGCAUGUACAGUAUGGGAACUUUGUCUUGUUGAUUUAUAUUUGAGACAAUGGUAGUGCAAUUCUGCACUUUCCCCCCCCUUUCCUUUCUUUUUUUAAGAUUGCACUAUGAAUCCACUGAUUGUAGCUUCUUCCCCACCCCUCUUGGGGAUUUGCUACGUGUUUCAACCCCGGUUUAACUCAGUCAUAAUUCUUCAUCUUCCUUUUAAACACCCUCAGCCCAGAAUUGAAAUAGUUAUAACUACUGUAAAUGUAUAAGGCGUUUUAAGAUGGAAAAUCUAUAUUAGUAAUAUUUUUUUAAAAAAUGAGUAAUUUAAGUUUUAUAUUGUAAUAAAUGCAGAAGUUGUGGUGGUUCUUGGAGAGCUGCUCUAGCAUGGAGAUAACGUGGCCUAUACAAAUAAGGCGGUGGUGGCCACUGUUACAGUUUCUGUGCUCAUGAAGGAGUGUGGAUGACCUGCUGACUGCUUUUUCUGGAGUUGCCUUACUGAAUGUGAGAAAUGCCAUUUUGGCCUGUAAAGAGAGUGAGUGACAAAGGUGAAUGUUUAAGUAUUCCAUUUAGUUUUCCACCUCCUGGAAGAACGAUGGCCAUUGCAAACUGUCACAUAAAACCCACGGAUGAUGACAGGAAUCCUCAAGGCUUUGCAUCCAAGGAGUUCAAGGAUUGCACAUUAAUUUUCUUUUCCCUUGUUCAUCAGUUUGCAGGGUUGUCUUUCGUAUCUAACCAUCUUACGGUAUUUUACAUUUAUGAGCCACGAUUGUAAUGCUGACUAUAUGAAGUGCACCCCAAAAAACAUGCACUUUAAGGUAAAGGCUGCCUCUGUAAGGGUAGCACUUUUUCCACCUGCUUAAACAUCUCUGGCACUUUUCACCAACAAUCGCCUCUUUUUCUAGCCAUGGAAGCAAACUUUUGGGCCAGGCAGUGAUGCUGCUAAGAUCCCAGUACCUUGAUUAGGUAAAACUACUUUCAGUACCAAGGAAAGAUAUGUACAAUUGUUUCUGGUCAAACAAUAUUUCAACUUGUUGAAAAAACGUUUCUAUUCUGCUCUGGCAAAAUAAAUAGCAAAAGAUUUAACUGUUCAUUAAACACCCAUGUGUGGAAAAGCA